GCCUUGACGCAUAAGAACAUGACUGAGACCGUGACAGUUCAAAGAAACCAUAUGUUCACCUCAAGAUGGGUAAUGUGUAGGCUAUUAUCAGUUGGAUACAGUCCUCCCUCUGACUGUCCUGAUCUGUGAGAGAUGGACAGAAACAGUCCUGGGGAGAUGAGAGGUGCAACAGGCAUCACUACUAACGCCAUCACCACACCUGCCUCCACCAGCACCAUCUCAGCGGCCACCAACGCAGUCAGACCACCCACCCCCAGCCGCAGCCAGCCACUGUCCCCAAUCUCCACAGACAGGCAGGCUGUGAUCCAGCAGCCUGUCCAGCGGUCCCAGAGCACUGCGGCGCAGUACCUGCAGCAGAUGUACGCCGCCCAGCAGCAGCACAUCCUGCUUCAGACCGCAGCUCUCCAGCAGCAGCAGCAGCAGCAGCAAGUCACAGUCGCACAGAAUCUCACCACCACAGCCCAGCCCUCACAGACAGUUAGCAGGCCCUCUUCCUCCUCUCCUCCAUCAACGAAUGGGAGUUUGUCACAGUCAGUCAGUGUAUCACAGACCUCGAUCACAUUGGCCACCACUCCACUGACAGCUCAGUCCAUUGGCCGAAUCCAAGGCACCUGUUCCACUCCAGCAGGCAGUACGAUAUCCCAGCAGGCCAUGCUCCUUGGGAAUGGCUCUCCUGCUGGUAGUCAAGCCCAGAUGUACCUGCGGACCCAGAUGCUCAUUCUGGCUCCUGCUGCCUCUGUGGCUGCUGUGCCGUCUGAUCUUCCCGCUGUCAACCCCACAUCUUCCCAGCCCACCUCUACACAGGUCCAGUCUCUGGCUGUCCGCGCACACCUCCCUGGGGCUCUGGCGCAGGGUGUGCAGCUGAAGCCAUGCUCGCAGGGCCAGACGGUGGCCUCCUGCCUGCCCAAGAUGUCCAUCAGCCCCCUGAAGUCCUCCCAGCUACCGCACACCUCUGCGGAAACCUCCGGAAGCGACCUGAGUCAGUUGUCGUCGGCCCAUCAGCUCAUUGCCCCUUAUCAGUGUGAGCGAUUGUACCGUACACAUGCUUAUUCAGAUGGUCGCAAUGGUGUUGCAGCGUCCCUCUGCCCUGCUCUAGUGAAGCAUCAGCUGCACUGUCCCCUAGGCCCGCGGGGGACUCACCAGCUCAUCAUCCAGCAGAGUGCCCACAGCGCCCACAGGCAGAUGCAGCCCAUCGCCCUGCGGGUCACGGCGCAGGAGCACCCCUCCCCCCUCGCCCUGCAGGCCCGGCCCCUGCCCCUCCCGCUCCCUCCGGCUCCGGCCGCCCAGUCUCAGUCGGCCGAGGUCUUACCUGCUGCGUCCUCCACCUCCGUGCAGCAUCAGCAGCAGCCCCAGUCGGCAGUGCUGGUGUCCACCACAGGCGGUAGCCCAGCCCAGGUGGUGCGUCCGCUACUCCAGCUGGGGACGUUGGGAGAGGCCCUCCCCCUCUCCCCCCACGCCUCCGCUCAGAGCUACGGCUCCAUCACCACCUCCGCCGCCGCCGCCAACACCAACCCGCUCCCGGGGACCUUGGCCUCUCCGCCGCCGGCGUCGCUGCAGAGGCUGUCCCUGCGCUCGGUGCAGGCGCUGGCCGUGCAGUCGGGCCAGGUGCUGGUGUCCGAGGAGGAGCUUCCCGUGGCCGAGACACUGGUCCAAAUGCCCUUCCAGAACCUUCCGCCUCCACAGACUGUAGCCGUGGACCUGAAGAUGCAGUCGGUGGCCCAGACAGCACCGCAGUCAGCAGCGCAGGGGCCAAAGAUGGAUCACAAAGGGGCAGAAGCGGACAGAGAUGAAUCACCGUCAAGAACGCAGAGGAAUCGGAUGCUCACCGCACCCACCCAGGCCCCCCCAGCAGAUGCGGAGAGAGGCUGUGAAGAGGAUGCACCAUCCCAGAGAGAAAACUACACAGCUGGGUUGGACUCUUCCUGUGCGCCAUCGAGCCAAUCUGUGAUCCGGUCACCUGAGGAGCCUCCUCUCGUCACCAGCUCCCCCCCUCCCCUCCACCCUGCCGUGGUAAGAAGCACCAGCAAGCCCCCCGCUACCAGCCUGCCAGAGAGUCCUGAGGGCCAGGCCUCACAGGCGGUCGCUAAACCUCACAUCCUCACACACCUCAUAGAGGGCUUCGUCAUCCAGGAGGGGCUGGAACCGUUCCUGAUGAGCCGCUCCUCACUGGCAGACGAGCAGGCUGCGCUGCCGGAGAACCAGGAGGUGACCUCCAACGGCGAUCCCGACCCCGACGAUGACCUGAUGGAUGUGGACGACCCAGAGAACUCCUCCGACUCUGACAUGGACGACCUCCCAGCUGAUGACGAGCCCCUGGAGGACAGCCUGUCGGACGUGCUGCAAUGCGAGUUCUGUGGGAAGAGGGGCUACACCCACAGCUUCCUCCGUUCCAAACGCUUCUGCUCCAUGACCUGUGUCAGGAGGUUCAACGUGAGCAGCACGCGGCGCCUUGGCCUCCUGAGGCCCGACAGGGCCAGCCGCUGGCCCCACAGGCCCAUGGGCAGGAGGGGGAGACCCCCCGGACGGGCCGACGGCAUAUCCAGAGAGCACUUCCUCAGACAGCUGCCAGCCAGGCUAGAUGGGGAGGAGGAUGACGAGGAUGAGCCCCCGGGUCCCAUGACAACCCGGCUGCGUCGUCAGGCAGAGCGUGAGAGGGAACAGGAGGAAGAGCGCAAGGAGAGGAGGAGGAGAGAAUCAAUCGGUUCAGACGAUCACCCCGUGGCCCUGCCCAACCCCUCUCAAUGGAGCGUGGAGCAAGUGUGCUCCUACAUCAACUCCAUACCAGGAUGUGCCGAGAUGGCCGAGGAGUUCCGCUCGCAGGAGAUUGACGGCCAGGCCCUGCUUCUGCUGACCGAGGACCACUUGGUGAGCGCCAUGAACAUCAAACUGGGGCCCGCACUCAAAAUCUGUGCGCAAAUCAACACGCUGAAGGGACCAUAAAGGGCACGCCGCUCACAAGGCCCCAGACAAACCACAGCCUCCGUUUUGACCAUACAUGGCUAUAACUUCACCCACUUCCUGUGGGUGUCAUGUGCACUUGUGUACUGAGGAACAUGUUCAGCUUUCUUGUUGCCAUGAUUGGCAGACGAUAUUCUUGUGGAACUAUUGAGACUACUCUUCGGCGUGCUGUCUGUAGCAAAACAACAACACAAACAAACUCUACUGACCUCCCCUCUAUGAGAUGCAUACAUGUAAUGUGCGAGUUGGUUUAUGUUUUAUGGAUGGAUCUGUAUGAAUAUUUAGCAUACAAAACAGUACUAAGGUGUGUUUAGAGAACUUGAUUGUAUGAUGUAACAUUCCAAAGGAAACCUGUAUGGAUGUUACAUGUCUAUGAACAUAAAAGGUAUGAAGAUUUUGAUAAAAUAUUUGCACAACACAGCCAUUUAACCAUAACAACCUAAUAUGAAUUAAUAACUGUCGAUAAGAUCAUUUCGAGUCUUAAACUUUUGUGUCUUUGUUGGGCCUUGUACUGGAACUUGACUACCACGACUAGCAAUGAACAGGUAUGUUUACAUGA